AUGAUACCUGUCCAUGAUGAGGAGCAGCUCAGACGCCCCCUUCUGUGCCGUCCGCCGUGUCCGACGGCUGUGUUUGUGCAUUUGCUUGCAGAACCUGCCUUUGGGGAAGUGAACCAGCUCGGGGGGGUAUUUGUCAACGGGAGACCCCUGCCCAAUGCCAUCAGGCUGCGGAUUGUGGAACUGGCGCAACUGGGUAUCAGGCCGUGUGACAUCAGCCGGCAGCUCCGCGUUUCCCACGGCUGUGUCAGCAAAAUCCUGGCUCGCUAUAACGAGACCGGCUCCAUCCUACCGGGGGCUAUCGGCGGCAGCAAGCCUCGGGUCACCACUCCCACGGUGGUAAAACAUAUCCGGACCUACAAACAAAGGGAUCCGGGCAUCUUCGCCUGGGAAAUCCGGGAUCGCCUGCUGGCCGAUGGCGUGUGUGACAAGUACAACGUGCCGUCGGUCAGCUCCAUCAGCCGCAUCCUUCGGAACAAAAUCGGGAACCUGUCUCAGCAGAGUCACUACGAGUCUUACAAGCAGCAUCAGCAGCCCCCACAGCCUGCUCUGCCCUACAACCACAUCUACCCCUACCCCAGCCCCAUCGCUGCUGCAGGAGCCAAGGUGUCCACCCCUCCCGGGGUGCCGGCGAUCCCCAGCACCAUGGCCAUGCCCAGGACGUGGCCGUCCUCUCACUCGGUGACUGACAUCCUGGGGAUCCGGUCCAUCACAGAGCAAGCAAUGAAUGACACUUCGCCUUACCCCAGCCCCAAGGUGGAGGAAUGGAGCAGCUUGGGCCGAAACAGCUUCCACCCGCCGGCCCAACAUGCCGUGAACGGGUUGGACAAGAGCUCCCUUGAGCAGGAGGCCAAGUACAGCCAGGUGAUCUGGAUGGCACCCAAUUCGAACCCCAUUUGUGAGACCUGCCUCUUACUGGCCACCUGCUUCCACGGCCAAAACACAGUGCCCUGUCCACCAACCCACAUGGCUUCAGGGCACUCCACCCGGAUGAAACUAAUAAAGAAAGUCAGAGAGGCACCCAACGGCCUCCCAGCCGUCAGCAGUUUCGUGUCUGCACCAGCCAUGCCUCCCUACGCCACGCCAGCCCAAGUGUCACCUUACAUGACGUACAGUGCCACUCCAUCCAGCUACAUGGCGAGCCACGGCUGGCAGCACGCCGGGGGCACCCCGCUGUCCCCUCACAGCUGUGACAUCCCCACCUCGCUGGCGUUCAAGGGCAUGCAGACAGCCAGGGAGGGCAGCCACUCCGUCACGGCCUCCGCGCUCUGA